GGAGAAUAAGAGAAUGAGAGAUACAGAGACUAGUCAUUGCUGAGAGAACACACUUUACCAGCCUUGGAAAUAAACAGGAGGAGCAUAUCCAGAGGGGGGGCUAUGGACCUGAUAUUUGGGAACGUGGUGCCCCUGGUGCUGGGCAGUCUGGGAGUGAUGGUGCUGUACCAGCUGCUGCAAAGGUACCGGCAAAGAGCUUACAUCCAGGAUGCAGUGGUGGUCAUCACCGGGGCCAGCUCUGGCCUGGGGAAAGAGUGUGCGCGGGUGUUCCAUGCAGCGGGUGCCAGGCUCAUUCUCUGUGGGCGAGACCGUGCGCGGCUGCAGGAGCUGGUCCAGGAGCUGAAAGAGGUGGCAGACAGCAAACAGAAGACAUACACCCCGAGCACCGUGAUCUUUGACCUGUCGGACACAGAGACAGUGGCCAGCGCAGCGGAGGAGAUCCUAAAGUGUCACGGUCACGUGGACAUUCUAAUAAACAACGCCGGGGUCAGCUACCGGGGCACCAUCCUGAACACCCACGUCGAUGUCCACAAAGAGGUCAUGGGCAUCAACUACUUCGGCCCCGUCGCCCUCACUCAAGCCAUCCUGCCCUCCAUGGUGCAGAGGAGGAAGGGACACGUGGCGGUCAUCAGCAGCGUCCAGGGCAAGAUCGCCAUCCCCUUCAGGUCAGCCUACGCGGCUUCCAAACACGCCACCCAGGCAUAUUUUGACUGCCUGCGGGCUGAGGCGGAGCAGUACGGACUCGAAGUGUCCGUGAUUAGCCCAGGCUACAUCAGAACCAACCUCUCCCUCAACGCUGUCACUGGGGAUGGCUCCAAAUAUGGAGUCCUGGACAAGAACACGGCAGAGGGCAGGGAUCCACGGGAGGUGGCGGAGGCGGUGCUGAGGGCCGUGGGGCGUAGUAAGAAGGACGUCCUGCUGGCGGGACCGCUGCCCACGCUGGCGGUGUACAUCCGCACCCUCUGCCCGCAGCUCUUCUUCAAACUCAUGGCCUCCCGCGCCAGGAAGGAGCAGAGACCCAAAGAGGACUGAGCGGACGGAUGGCGCUCUCCCGAUCAGAGAGAGGAUGCGACGCGGCCCCGGAUCCCUCCUCUGGACUGGAAGGCAGAGUGCAGCACAAAGAUACCGAUCUUAAGUUUUAAUGUCUCCAGCCUUUCCGUACUCCCGUAGCCCGGUGUGGGGAAGGUUGCUUUUUAUUUGAUGAGGAAAAUAAGAUUUUGAAAAAAAGUUGUACAUAGUAGCUUCUGACAAAUGUUCAUGCUUCAGUUAGCAGUUGC